UUUCCCCCUAAGGACAUCACACACUACUGUCCAAGAGAAACCUGGAAAUCCAUCUGCGACGAUGCAACCAAUAUCAUCCUCUUGGCCUCCAAAAAAGGUAUCAUGAACAAAGACGCGUGGACGUGGAAUUCUAUCAUCCGCAGGGACAACUUCAAAGCUGUCAUGAUUUAUUCUGCUGUCUGCGACUUUCGCCGACAAUUUAAGGAUGAGGAAGAAUGGCGGCCUAGUAAAGCUAACCAGUAUGAAGAGGGGGCUGUG